AUGGGCGGCUCCUACUCAGUCUGUGGGAAAAUGGCGGACUCAGAUCGGCUGGGAUUUAACCAUACCGGCGAUCUCUUCGCAUUGCCGAAACAAAACGGCGAGCCGGUCGCUAAAAGGCAGCGGAUAGACUUCCCUCAGGGCGGGCAGCCGCUGUACGGCGAGAAGGAAGGGAGAGCGGGAGUGUCAGCGGAGCUGGGAUUGCUGGGAGAGGGAGAGGCCUGUGCGGAGGGAGCGGGCACAGCGCACAAUGAUAGCUCGCCUCUUCCGGGCCUGCUUGGGGAACAGCGACACCCAGCUGUACAGGACGAGGAGCAGCUCAUCAAUGGCGAGCUGGCGGAGCAGGACGUCCACUAUGGAGAGGACCUUCAUUUAGAUGACGACCUGGUUGGUGGCUUUCAAUCAUGUGACAGUGAUGAUGAAGAUAGAACUUCCCAUGCCAGCUCAAGCGACUGGACCCCCAAACCUUGCAUAGGUCCUUACACAUUUGUUCAGCGACACUUAAUGAUGGGUACUGACCCUAGAACCAUUCUGAGGGAUCUUCUUCCUGAUUCUGUUGCACCACCUGAUCUAGAUGAUAUGACUCUUUGGCAAAUUGUGAUCAACAUACUGUCAGAUCCACCGAAAAGGAAAAAGCGCAAAGACAUUAAUACUAUUGAAGACGCUGUUAGACUUCUGCAGGAGAGCAAGAAAAUAAUGGUGUUAACUGGAGCUGGGGUUUCUGUCUCCUGUGGAAUCCCAGAUUUUAGAUCGAGGGAUGGCAUUUAUGCACGUCUGGCAGUGGAUUUUCCUGAUCUUCCAAAUCCUCAAGCCAUGUUUGAUAUUGAAUACUUUAGAAAGGACCCAAGACCAUUUUUUAAAUUUGCAAAGGAAAUUUUUCCAGGGCAGUUUCAGCCAUCUCUCUGUCACAAGUUUAUUGCUAUGUUGGAUAAAGAGGGAAAAGUACUUAGAAAUUAUACUCAGAAUAUAGAUACACUGGAGCAAGUAGCAGGAAUUCAAAGAAUUAUCCAGUGUCAUGGAUCAUUUGCAAUGGCCUCUUGUCUAAUCUGCAAACAUAAAGUUGACUGUGAAGCUGUCAGAGAGGACAUAUUUAAUCAGGUUGUUCCACGAUGUCCUAGGUGUCCACCAGACGAGCCCCUUGCAAUUAUGAAACCCGAUAUUGUAUUUUUUGGGGAGAAUUUGCCUGAACAAUUCCACAGGGCGAUGAAAUAUGAUAAGGAUGAGGUUGACCUCCUUAUUGUUAUUGGCUCCUCGCUGAAAGUGAGACCAGUUGCUUUAAUACCAAGUUCCAUCCCACAUGAAGUGCCUCAAAUUUUGAUUAAUAGAGAGCCUUUGCCUCAUCUUCAUUUUGAUAUUGAACUACUUGGCGACUGUGAUGUCAUUAUCAAUGAGCUAAGCCAGAGACUGGGUGGAAAGUAUGCAGAACUCUGUAACAGUUUCUUAAAACUUACACAAAUCACAGAGAAACCUCCCCGACCAAACAAAGUGCUUUCCAUUAUGCUAGAUGCACAGUCUAAGGCUUUGGCCUCUGGGCACGGUUUAAUCUCUCAAGAUGUCCUAACUCACCCAGAAUUACCUUUGACACCACCGCUUGAAGACUGCUUGUCAUCAGAAAGUGACUCUGAACUUUCUCAAAGUUGUAAAGGAAAAAAAACUGUAGAUAAUAUAGAUGGUAGAGAAGUAUUUACACCACCAGAGCCUUCGGAACCUGUGAGUGAGACCCCAACCAGCAACACUGAAGAGCCAGAAAAGUGUGACAAUGAUUACAGUAUUGAUCCGUCCAGGACAAGUUUGUCCAAAAUGGCAAAGGCGCAGAUAAGCAAGCGCCUAGAUGGCACACAAUAUUUAUUUCUAUCCCCCAAUCGCUAUAUUUUUCAUGGUGCAGAAGUGUUCUCUGACUCGGACGAUGACCUGUCAUCCAGCUCUUGUGGUACAAACAGCGACAGUGAAUCUUUACAGAGCCCAGGAUUACAGGAACCUGCUGAAGAUGACAGUGAAAAUGAAGAUUUCUACCCUAUUAAAUAUGACUCUGACACUGAAAAUAGGGCAGGCUUUGAGGAAGAAUCUGAAGCUGCUGUAAUAUACGAGAACAAAGAGAAUUUAGGUGAUGACAGUUCAGACACAAAGUUAUAGUAUGGACAUUGCCUUAAUAUCCACCAAUCACCAGCAUUAAUGAUUGCAACAUGGACAGAAAAAAAGCAUGUCAAUAUGUGGACUUCAGAGCAUGCAACAGAAGAUGUUCCUUUAAAUAUAAUAACACAAAGUAAAUGGUCCUUUUUUUUUUUUGUUUGUUUUUUUUUUUCCCAAGAAAUUUAAAUUUACACUAAACCAUUCUUUUAUUAGUUUUGUACUUUUUUUUUUUGUUUUUUUUUUUGUUUCUUUGCCUAGUGAUUGAAAACUCGGAUGCAGUAUUGUGAUCAUUUUCUGUAACUUUUUUUUAUUUUAUUUUUUCUUAUUAAAAACACAUUUCCAUGAAGGCUAUUUAAAAGUAAGGUUUAAGUUAAAGAAGCAGCUAAAAUAGGCCAAAGACAUUUGUUUUUGUUUUUAUGUAACCGUACAUCAUUGGGUAACACUUUUUUUUUUUUACAUUUUAUUUUUAUUUUUUUUCCUCCCCUCUUGAACUUUUUUUUAUCAGAUAACUACAUUUUUCUAGAUAACUCUUAUUCCUUGAUUGGAUUAGUUCUGUUACUGUUUUUUGUAAUAUAGGCUUAGGAGAAUUUUGGAGGAAAGGAGCCAAUUUAAACCAGAAUUUUCUUACCUUUUUCUGCCUUUUUGAUACUUCCAUGCAUAUCUCCACAUGAUCAAAAUGGGAACUUGCAUCUUUGCAUAAAUCUGUUUUCUCAAUAUUUAUGUGAUUUGCAGCUUUUUUUGUUAUUUUUUUGUUAAAAGAAAUAUAAAUGGAAAUGUUGAGGCUCUUGUUUUGCGUUGAGAAUAUGUGCCUAAUUUAUUUUUUUGGUCUGCUUUGUCUGUAUGGGUGGGAAGAGCUUUUGUCCUCCUGGUAGAAUUUGUAUCGAAGAGAACUUUCAAUAAAAAUUCUAUCAUCUUAAUAUGCAAGUUACUUGUACUAUAAUGUUGAUCUGCGUUUGUCUUUUGGUCAGUAUUUUAUAAUAUUGAACAUUCUUGUAUAGUAUUAUAUUUGUACUUCACCUCUUUAAUAUCAAAACAUUUUCAGUAUCUAAAAUUUCAAGGUUGAAUCCAUCUAGAAUCAAAUAGAAUUUCAGUUCUGGACGUAUAGCAGUGAGGCACAUAAUCCACCUGACUUGCUUAACCGUGAAGAGAAGCUUGCAACCUUUUAAGCCAGCCCAGCCAAUACAGAGUUUGCAUUGAACUCAUAUUUAUAUUUUAAUUUUUUUUUUUUUUUUUUUUAAGAGCUGGUUUGCUGAGGCUAUGGAAUCAAAACAUUCUGUACAUUUAAAAAUGUAUAUUACAUCUGUGUACUUGGUAUUCAAUGGGAUAAAUGCUUUUUAGACCACAUCCAUCUAAGCCAUCUAUGUAAAUGUAACAUUUAUAUGUCUCCUUUUAAAAUGAAUGUUGCAUUAUGUGUAUGUACCACGUUUACUGUAAUUGAAAAGUCAUACAUAAAUUUUGAUGAUUUAAUUUAG